GAAGCCUUAUUAUGCAGCAGAGAUGAGCACAACGAAUGCUAUGUGGCUUGGCUUGAAGCACCAAUAUGAAAACUGGCUUUCCCCGCUAUAUAUGACCGUCCGCCCACUUCUGCUUUUCUGCACUAUUUAAGCUCUUGCUUUCUGAAAGAUCUCCACAAUAAGCUUUCCAUUGUAGACGUGAAUUAUUCAAGUGGACCGAAGACCACACGUUACCAUGGGAAAUUCGAAAAAAGCCCAGUUUGUUUUACUUGGUGUGAUUUUGAUGGGUUUUAUCCUUUCUGCUCACUCCAAACGGGUGAAACGCUGGGGAAAGGAUUAUAAUGGUGGUGGUAGUUACGGAGGAGAUGGUUUUCAGACUAAUGAUGCAGGAGGAGGAUACACGGGAGGAAAAUCUAAACCAAUUCCUAAAACCAAUUUUAAGUGUUCUGACCAAAGUUACAUUCCUGGUUACUAUGCUGACGUGGAGACUAACUGUCAGGUUUACCACGUUUGUCAUCAAGGCCGAAUGGAAAGUCAGUUCUGUCCACCAGGAACAGUUUUUAAUCAAGAGAUAUUGGCUUGCGAUUUUGAAAAUAGUGUAGAAUGUUUCAAAUCACCGAAUUUCUACUUUAAGAAUCAAGAGUUGGAUAAGUUUCCUCUGGCAAAGCCUCUUCAAGGACCUGGAUCAUCUGGUUUCCCUUCAGGACCUCAGAAACCAGGAAAACCAUUUAAACCCCAGGGAUCAGGUUUUAGACCAGGACAACCUUUUGGUCCUCAUGGUGGACCCCAGAGACCAGGACAACCUUCUGGGCCUCAUAGUGGACCACAGAGACCAGGAUUUGGACCAGGACAACCUUCUGGGCCUCAUGGUGGACCACAGGGACCAGGGUUUGGACCAGGACAACCUUCUGGGCCACAUGGUGGGCUCCAGAGACCAAGUUUUGGACAAGGACCUCAGUCAGGACGACCUACAGGAUCUCAGGGCAAUCCAGUAUGGAUGAUGAUGAUGGGAGGUGCUGGAGACUAACUAGAUCAAUGAUAUGCUUGCUUAACAUGUUUUUUAAAUACUUAAUCUUAAGAUUUAUUGUUCAAUAACAAAUGUUCUUUGUACUGUGUUCCAAUAACUAAUUGUUCAACAAAUGUUCUUGAUCAUUUGCUAUUUGAAGAUUUUCUACUUUAUAUUCUGGAACUUUAAAAUACGUUGUUUACCAAUCACGAAUGUUUAUC